CUGUCUCGUAACCUUCAACAGCUCGAAAGCCAUGGUUGUCCACGCCGCGUCGUCGAGCCAUUGUCGUGCGCUCGUCGCUGUAUCUGCUUUACUGCUCGCAGUGUGUGUGCCGCUCGCCUCUGCCGCUCUUUCUCCGUACUUCCGCCCGCCAGCCUUUCCCAUCGUUGCGAACAACCCGUACUGGUCCAUUUGGUCUUUAUCGGAUGCUCCUGGCAGGUCGUGGACCGAACACGCAAACGGCGGCGUUCAAGCAAUGACUGGCUACGCCAAAGUCGAUAGCACCUACUAUCGCUUUCUGGGAGUGCCGUCUGUCGGUGGCACAGGCAUCAUUGUGGAUCCCAUUUCGACCCAGAUUUUGCCGCUGAGCACCGUUUACACCUUCAAGCUCGGAACGGCCAUCCAGAUGGUGUUGACUUUCUCAAACCCAGCACAACUCGAUGACGAUACCUUGGUCUCGGUGCCAGUGACGUAUGUCACGUUCGCGCUCUCGUCCCUUGAUGGCGCAUCGCACACUGUCAGUCUCUACAUUGAUCACUCGGCCGAGCUUGUUGUAGCGGAUCCUGCUACGUCAGUUAAUUGGAACGAUGUUUCAACCAGCGCCAACACAAUUAUCCGCAUGGGCGCCAAUGUACAGUCAGUUUUAAGCGGCUCCACGAAUGACCGUAUCAACUGGGGUAAUGCAUACAUGGCUGCCCCCAAGGAAACUGCCCUCGUAGGCACUGUCAGUUCCGAUGCCAACUGCAGAAACGCAUUUAUCAGUGGUGCUGCUGCACCAGCUUUGCAAACUGGUCCUCGAAAUGGCAACGAUAACUGGCCUGUGUUGUCACUGAGGUGGAACGGCCUGAGUGUGACCUCCACGACAAGUGUCACUAAAUUUAUGACCCUUUCCUAUGACAAUGUCAACACGAUGAACUUUUUCUCCAAGGUUCUCCCUCCGCUCUGGUCGACAAAGAUUGGCACGAUCCUGACGGUGAUUGCACAGAUGCACACCAACUAUGCCACCUACAUGAGUGCCAUCAACGCCCGCAACACUGCCCUUGUGACUCUGUUCGACAAGCGCGGCUCCAACUCUUACACCACCUUGCUGUCGCUCGUGUAUCGCCAAGUCACUGCAUCGACCGAGCAUGCGAUCGACACGACCACACAACAGCAUUACGUCUUUAUGAAAACGUUCGCCACCAGCUCGACCAAUGGUCCGGUCAACGGGCAGGUCAACGCGGUGACCACCAUGUUCUUUGCCUCUCCGUUCUACUUGCUGCUGAAUCCCUCGCUUGUGCCAAAGAUGCUGCUUCCUGUGCUCAAGUACGCCAACAGCGAGACCUCGUUCCCGUACACGCGUAGCUGGGCUCCUUCGCAUCUUGGCCAGUGGCCGCUCUGCACUACCGCGGUUCCCACAACCUACGACAUGCCAGUCGAGCACACGGCCAACAUGCUGAUCAUGAUCACGGCUGCCGCCCAGCGUGGUGCUCCGCUGACCUAUCUGCAACCGUACUGGCCGCUCCUGACCACCUGGGCAAACUACUUGGUCGCCAGCCUGCCUUUCCCAACGAGCCAGCUCUUUGUGGACUCGUAUGGAACAGCGUCUGCGAACAACGUCAACCUUGCCAUGAAGGGUGCGAUAGGAGUUGGCGCGUACAGUCUGCUGCUCAGCCUGACUGGCAACACCACUGCUGCGGCCCAAUACAUGAACUCGGCCACAAGCUUUGCCAGCCAGAUUCUGGCGCAGUCCUUUUCGACGGACCAUUAUCUGCGCGAGAAAGGCGCGGCUGCAACCACCUGGUCUCUCAAGUACAAUCUGCUGUUCGACCGCGUGCUCAAGCUCGGACUGUUUGCGGAUGCCGUCAUGACGACGGAACAGACCUUCUACACGCCCAAAAUGGGCGCGUAUGGUUUGCCGGUUGACAGCACAACCAGCGCCAACGGUCGUGUUGGCGAGCAGGGCUUUGUUGCGGCAACCGGCACAACUGCUCAGUUUACAUCCAUUUUUGACAAGCUCUUCCUCUAUGCCAACACCACCGCGAGUCGUCUACCGCUGGGUGAUUACUAUGUUGUUGGAUCAGGCGCCAAUGUGGACUUCCGAGCAGGCGCCUUUGUCGGUGGCCUCUACGCUCGCGAGCUUCUCGAGGAUGUUCGGGCAGUGGCCUCGACCUCUUCGAUUUCUGCUCGCGCAGCCUCGACUGUGUCUGCUGCAACGGCUUCGUCGGCGUCGCUUGCAUCGUUUUCCUCGGCUUCCAUUGCUUCUGCAUCGUCAGCUUCUCUCGGUUCUGCCAGCUCGGCCUCGAUUGCGUCUGCGUCCAUUGCAUCUUCACAAUCUGCGUCUAUCGCAUCUGCCAGCUCAGCUUCUGCCGCCUCCGUCGCAUCGUCGGCAUCCGCGUCCAUUGCAUCCGCUAGCUCAGCAUCCGACGCGUCCUUGGCGACGGCGUCGUCGGAGGCUUGGCAAACUUUUGUCGCGUCCGAGGCCUCUGCAGCGUCCGAUGCGUCUGUAGCGUCGUCGGCGUCGGCGACUGUUGCAUCUGCCAGCUCAGCAUCAGAUGCAUCUGUUGCAACUGCCAGCUCGGCAUCUGAUGCAUCGGUGUCAUCGGCCAGCUUGGCAUCUGAUGCGUCCGACGCCUCUGUCGCGUCGUCGGUGUCGGCGUCGGUUGCAUCGGUCAGCUCGGCAUCCGAUGCAUCCGUUGCCUCUGUCGCAUCUGACGCCACUGUCGCGUCGGACGCCUCGGUUGCGUCGUCGGUGUCGGCAUCGGUUGCAACUGUCAGCUCGGCAUCCGAUGCAUCCGACGCCUCUGUCGCGUCCACUGCGUCUGCGUCUCUUGCAACUGUCAGCUCGGCAUCCGGUGCGUCUUUGGCGUCGGCUUCGUCGGCAGCGUGGCAAACCUCCGCAGCGUCCGCGGCGUCCGCAGCGGCAGCAGCAGGGAGCGACUCAGAUUCCACCCCGAUCAUCAUUGGUGUUGUGGUCGGCGUGGUCUGCCUGCUUUUGAUUGUCCUGGUGAUUGUUCUGGUUCUUCGUCGCCGUCGUGUUCGGAAGCCCGCAAGCGCGCCAGCAUUCGACUCCACGGCUCCAUUCUUCCAGGUUCCAAGCUCCAUUGUUGCAAAUUCUACGUUCGACCCGUCCUAUGACGAUCUGCACACCCCGUCAGAGCCAAACUAUGACACGCUGCAAAAUGUCUCUGGCGCCGAAACCAAAUCUGAAGCCGCAGUCGUGUCUGAGAGUACGUAUGACGAGCUGAAAGGCGCCCAUUCCGGAGCGCCACAGUCUGAAACCUUGUACUCGGAACUGCGCACGUCGCAUCCCCCGCAGGAUUCGCCAACACAAGAAGACGCGCUGAAAGCGACCGACUGAACGGUUGGACUGUCAAUUUAAUUGUUUGCAUUCCGUGUUGAAUUUUUGGCCGAUUUCUUCUGCUUGCUUUUUCUGUUUGCUUCUUUUGUAUGGUUUUGCCAAGUUAUUUGCAUGCUGUUUUCGUGAUGACUGGACAUUUGCUUUCGCGGCUGCCUUGACGGUCUCUCGCUACAAGUGCAGACUCCUUUCAGCUUGUUCGUCCAGCUCACGAGGUCCUCAGUCCCACCCUUGAAAAUAAAAUCCAAUAUUUCGCCCG